AUGUUAUCUUCAUCAUCCCAUGAACACUUGUGGACUGAACUUAACAACAGUCUAUCCUACGCACCACGCUAUCAAAAUAAAACUGUAAAAGGUAUUACGUCAACUGAUUCAGUUGAAAAACGUCUACAAAUUAAAUUACCGGAGGAUGCAAAGGAAACUGUCAGAGUACACAACGGUCGACGUCAGAAAAUAGGCUACGGUCUAAUUUAUCGUCUGCCCACAACAGAUCUCCUACCAAUCGAUCAAUGGCGUCCAUAUGAACACGAAGAAUGGUUUGAAAAUGAUUUUUUAAAGUGUCUACAGCCGAAACCAGAGUGUGGUGUCGAAUUGAUGUUAGAUGAUAUACCGAAACAUUUCGAAGCAUUGAAGAAGAGUAAUUACAAAAUGACCGAUGAAGUGAAAAAAUUACCAUGUGAACUAUUAGUAAUUGGCGAAGGUGCCGAUGACUAUGGUGAACAAUUGAUAUUAGGUUUAAAGACGGGUAAAAUCUUUGUUGGGGUGCACAACAUCCCGGAAUGGCAGUUGGUUGCCGAUGGGUUUAAACAGUGGUUAGAACUGAGUAUUAAAACAGCCAAAGAAGAUCGGAAAGAUGACAUAAAAGAGCAGCAUGAUGACGAUGACGAUGAUGAUGAAGAUAAAGAUGAAGAUGAUGCAGGUUCAUCACCACCACCGGAAGAUAAAGAAUCAAGUGCUAAAACAAAGAAACAGAAAAAACCAGCGUCAUCAACAGCAAGUAAUGAUAACGACGACGACGACGAGAAGGAAGAAGAAGCGGCAUCAUCCGAAACAAAGAACAAGAAACAGAAGAUAGAUGAUGAUAAGCCAAUGAAAACGCGUCGUGGUAAGAGUCAAAAAGACUAG